CAAGAGGAUGACCUUGGCUCGCGUCGUUAGGAUCUCGGUGGUCCUCGUGCUGCCGUCGCUGCUGCUGCUGCUGCUGCUCGUCGCCGACGGAUCCUGGGCGCAAUCUUAUCCCCGCGAGAUCAAACCAGGAUGCAGAUACGAGGGUCGCCGAUAUCAGGAAGGAAUGGCUGUGGGUACGUCCGAGCCCUGCCUGCGAUGCCGAUGCACCGAAGGCGCAUUGAGAUGCCGGCUCCGGGUGUGCCCGCGAUUGCCGAAUCCACCACCAUCGGGCUGUCACGUUCGUUCACCGGCCGAGAACGUAUGCUGCGCCGAGCUGGUAUGCGGCGAAUCACGCGACGUCGAGAAUAUGUUGCGGAGAGCCAGUGUACAAACGAACAUAGAAGCCGAGGAUGAGGAGCAUGCUCACCACUCACGUACAGAAGGAUGUGUGCACGACGGCGUUCGAUACGGCUCGGGAUCGGCGAUGAUGGGCUCGCGUCGAUGCGAGUACUGCUACUGCAUAUCCGGCACGAGGAGAUGCAUCCGACCCAAGUGCCUGCUGCCUCUGCCGAGAUGCACGCCGCUGUACGCGCCCCAUUCCUGCUGCCCAGUCGCUUACAAUUGCACCCACCACCAUCCGUCCACCGUGGCGCCGGUAUCGGGAAACGGAUGUCGCGUGGGCGAGCGCACUUACGUCGAGGGCGAGAUGGUCCGCGACAUCGAGUGGAAGGCCGCAUGCGACAAUUGUUUCUGUGCGAUGGGCGCCGUACGGUGCGUUCCGCUUGCAUGCGCACCACCUCUUCAAGGCUGCAGCCCGAUCGUACGAGAAGGACAAUGCUGCCCGUCCACCUACAACUGCAGCGGCAGCAUCGAAGUGAAGGCCAUCCAAAACUACGCAUCCUACGCCUUCAUCAGCAAGGACUACGCUAAAUUCCGCAAGGAGACCAACUUCAUCCCCACGAUUGAUCAAUCCACGAAUCCGCCCGUCGAAGGACGAGGUCACAGAGUGGUCGAGGAACAAGUUAGCACCAGUACGAUCGAUCUCGAGGAGGAUUCGUCUGCCGCCACCUACUCGACCGCUUGGCCCUCGACCAUGGAAACCGACAUUAUGGACAAUGAAAUCUUAAUAGGGACGGUGGACUACAAAUCGACCUUGGAAGUGACGACUGCCGCGACUUCGGCGAAUGAGUUAUCGAGUAACACUGAAUCGACAGCAGCAUUCGAGGCGACGUUGGCGUCCACGAAAGACGCUGAUUCCGUCACCGAUUCCUCCACGGUGUGCUCCACGAACACGUUCAUGGAUUCCACAAUUGUGACAACGGAGGAUUCAUCUAGCACGGAUGAUUCGACAAUUUCGUCGCUGGAAUGGACGACGACGCUCCCGGAAUUAACGUUCGAUAAUGGAAACGAUGAAAACGAGGAUAUCAACGACGGCGAAAAUAAAAAUACGAGCAAACCGGAGGACCGGAACGAAGAGACUCCAGCGAUGGGGGCGAAGGCGGGGGAGAAAGCGGAUAUAAUUGAGAAAAACAAAGCUACAACGCAUCCUUUCGCAAUUUUCACGGACGCCGGGGACGCGCUUAUCCUCGGCGAGAAAUCGCCCGAGAAUUUUACGUUCGCCAAGAGGACGGAGACUAUCGACAAGAGACCCGUCACUAGUCCAUCGUCGACGAUACUCAUGCCAGACGACAUUCUCGUGAUGAACGUGACAGUGAAGACGAAUGUCUCGGUGGGCCAUAUACAAGGCGUCACGAUAAAUCCAAUUAGAUCCAUUCCGCCUGACGUUGAGGCCAUUCUGAACAUCACUCAUCGCGAAAAGAGCGAAGACUACGACUAUGACUACAGCCAGCCGACUUUGCCGCCGUCACUGCCGAAUGUUAGGAUAAUACCCUUUGUGGCGGCGGACGCGUUGGUGGAAGGCAAGGAUGUAUCCUCGCCUGAGACUGCAUAUCCUGAUUCGGUAGUAGCGUCCCCUGAGCUACGACCGACCGACGCUUCCGGUUUUUACGACAUUGCAACCCAGGAGAACCGAUUUAGCCCACCCGUAGAGACCGAAGGUGGUUUUGUACCUAGAGAGCCGUCAUAUUUUGAUCCCUACCACUCCACAGACUUGAACCUUGAGAUCGGUACUGGAGUUACCGUAGUUCCAAUUACGAAUUUGCAUCAAAAAAACAAUGACUUAUCUAGUAAGUGCCGCUUCGAAAACAUGGAAUAUCGUCACGGUGAGAUUUUACCACGCACCACUCUCUGCAUAAUCUGCAUGUGUUAUUAUGGGGAGAUCGUGUGUUCCUCGGAGAAGUGUCCGCCGUUAAAGAUCGGUUGUCAGAGGAUCAAUUCUGAGGAGAGCUGUUGCGGAAAAAUUAUUUGCGUCGAAGCCGACGAAUCGCCGACUGUGGUGCUCGAUCGUCCCGACGCCACGGCGCCUUCUCAACGGCAGCCUACAGUGUCCCCGGAUCCGUUUCGCGACGUCAUCAAGACUGAGCCGGCCCCCGAUUUACCUUCCCUGAUCGAAGACAUGAUCCCUUAUCUGGUUGAACACGGCAUUACGACACCCAGACCGACAUCGAUGGCGGCCUCGAAGACGUCGCUUCAAGGCUUGACAGGCAAUCAACACCCGUCGAACUUCGAGUUCAUGGAGCAAGUGCCGCUCAUACAACCGCCCUUCGACUAUAAAGAAAAAACGGUCGACUCAUCAUUCGUGUCACAGAUGAAGCACGGUAUAAAUCACGAAGUACCGUCGAAGGACACCGUCCCGUUAACGUACGAUUCCAAGGAUCAGCCUCUGGAUAGCGAGCCUGAAAGUCCCGCGACAGGAAUCGUCAGCUAUGACAAGACGUCCUUGACUAAUAACUUAAAUCAUACAAAUAACAAUUCGAGGAAUGAUCUUUCUCUAAACAAUACUACAGAGUUGGCGAAGGAAAAUGCAUCUAAGCCGCACGAAACUGCCGACGGAAACUUCACUAGCAAGGUGGACAAUCGUAUUACGAAAUACGACAAUUAUACCGAGUCGAUUAACUCGUCAAGUGAAGACGGCGAGACCGCUGGGGACGCCGAGGACGACACUAUCUUUUCCUUGGACAGCAUCCUCGAGCUGCUAUUUUCCUCGAAUACCAGUUCCAGUGUCAAAUCGACCGAAACCACGAAGACGCCAGAUGCUUCCUCCGUCGUCAGUGGUCUACGAGAGGAUCAGGGGGUUCUCGUCACCUCAUCGACAACUACGGAGAGGCUAACCGAGGAGACGGAAAUUGUCGAGACGUCCUCGAAGAUCCUCGACAAUGAGAUACCGAUGUCCGUGGGCAGUUUGUUGAAGCUAGCGGGCUGCAAUAUAUAUGGGCGAAUGUACCGUGUCGGCAGAAUCAUCACAGAGCUCUCAAGUCCCUGCCAGGAGUGCAAGUGCACGGAAAUUGGUGUCCAGUGCAAACAGUUGGAAUGUUGAUCGGACACUGAUUUCCUCUGUGUGUCCGUCGAGUUCUGAUUUAAUGCUCUUGUAGGAAAGCGUCUCGCGAAUAAUUGAACCUGCCGUUCCGAUAUACAAUAAGACCGUUCCGUCGUAAAUCGAAAGUGCGUGUGUGCUGUGCGGAAUAUUAUCGAGAACGGACGAAGAAGCUGCUUUGCGAUUUUUGAAGCGGAUAAUGCAAUUGUAGCUUUUAAAUUAUGUUAUCUUCUGUUUUAAAAGCCAUGAAGUUUGCGACAAUAAUGGAAAAUGUUUGAGAUCU